AUGAGAAUGGAUAUUACAAAUCACUCUUCAACAAUGGGUUUCAUCCUGGUGGGAUUCUCAGAUUAUCCAGACCUGAAGACCCUCCUGUUCCUGGUGUUCUUUGUCAUCUACCUGGUCACUAUGGUUGGGAAUCUCGGACUGGUGGUAUUGAUCUACAUGGAACAACGUCUUCACACACCCAUGUACAUCUUUCUGAGCAACCUGGCUCUCAUGGAUUCCUGCUGCUCCUGUGCCAUCACUCCCAAGAUGCUAGAAAACUUCUUUUCUGUGGACAGAAGGAUUUCUUUCUAUGAAUGCAUGGCACAGUCCUAUUUUCUCUGUUUUGCUGAAACUGCAGACUGCUUUCUUCUGUCAGCAAUGGCCUAUGACCGCUAUGUGGCCAUAUGCAACCCUCUGCAGUAUCACACCAUGAUGUCCAAGAAGCUCUCCAUUCAGAUGAGUGUAGGCACCUUCAUUGCCAGUAACCUGCAUUCCAUGAUUCUUGUAGGUUGUCUCUUAAGGUUAACUUUCUGUAAAUCUAUUCGCAUUGAUCACUUCUUCUGUGAUGUUCUUCCACUGUAUAAGCUCUCCUGUACAGACACUUUUAUUAAUGAACUAAUGAUAUAUAUUUUUUCAAUGCCAAUUCAAGUCUUUACCAUUACCACAGUCUUGGUCUCUUAUUUCUGCAUUCUUUUCACUAUUUUCAAAAUGAAAUCCAGGGAUGGGAGAAAAAAAGCAUUUUCUACUUGUGCAUCCCAUUUUCUUUCUGUGUCAAUAUUCUACAUAUGUAUUAUCAUGGAUAGUCGACCUUUGGAAGAAGGGAAUAAAGAUCUAUCAGUAGCUGUAUUUUAUACAAUAAUAAUUCCUUUGAUAAACCCUUUUAUUUACAGUCUGAGGAAUAAGGAAGUAGUAACUGCUAUUAAAAAAGUUAUAAAUACUUAUAGCACUUUUAUGAAAUCUUCAAGCUCUACAUCUCACUAG